UUGACUCCCAGGUCUGGCUAUGGUGUGGCCGCAGUGUUGACUGAUGAGUGCGGAGCUGUGGAGCCGCCUCGCUCUGUAACGUACAUUUCCUCUGUCUGGUGUUCGCUGGUUUGGGAACAGUUCCUCCGGAGGAGAACGGUACGCGGUCCAUGAUGUCUGUGGCCGGGCUGAAGAAGCAGUUCCACAAAGCCAGCCAGCUACUCAGUGAGAAGAUCAGUGGGGCAGAGGGGACUAAACUGGAUGAUGACUUCAUGGAGAUGGAAAGGAAAAUCGAGGUGACCAACAAGUCAGUGUUUGACCUCUUGUCCAAAACAACAGAGUACCUCCAGCCUAACCCAGCCUCUCGAGCCAAACUAAACAUGCUGACAACAGUGUCUAAGAUCCGCGGGCAGGUGAAGACUACCGGCUACCCUCAGAUUGAAGGUCUGCUGGGAGACUGCAUGCUACGCUAUGGUCAUGAACUGGGAGAGGACUCUGUUUUUGGUUGUGCUCUGGUGGACAUGGGUGAGGCCAUGAGACAGAUGGCAGAUGUGAAGGACUCCCUGGACAUAAACGUCAAACAAAACUUUAUUGACCCCUUGCAGAAUCUACAGGACAAGGACCUCAAAGAGAUCACGCACCACCUGAAGAAGCUGGAGGGCCGCCGGUUAGACUUUGACUAUAAGAAGAAGCGUCGGGGGAAAAUCCCGGAUGAGGAGAUCCGACAGGCUGUGGAGAAGUUUGAUGAGAGCAAAGAGCUGGCUGAGAGGAGCAUGUUCAACUUCCUGGAGAAUGAUGUGGAGCAGGUGAGCCAGCUGUCAGCACUGUUCGAGGCGGCCUUAGAGUACCACCGGCAGUCAUGUGAAAUCCUGGAGGAGCUGAGUGGAAAGCUGCAGAAGCGGAUAUCAACAGCCAGCUGCCGCCCCAAGAGAGAGUUCAAGCCAAAGUCGAUAAGGAGCAACACCGACACUCUGGACAACAGUCAGCACAACGGCCUGUCCUACAGCUCCUCACUUAAAUCCAGCGAUAUCCAGAUCAACCACACAGUUAAUGGGAAAAUUGAUCAUAUAUCCACUGUACCACUGUCAUGGCCUGAGAGCCCCACUACCAAUGGCAAUCUGCACCAGUCGGAGGUGCUUGACCAGCCGUGCUGUCGCUCCCUCUAUGACUUUGAGCCAGAGAAUGAGGGCGAGCUUGGCUUCAAAGAGGGUGACAUCAUCAUCCUCACCAACCAGAUAGACGAGAACUGGUAUGAGGGCAUGAUCAAUGGAGAAUCUGGCUUCUUUCCCAUCAACUACGUAGAGGUCAUCGUCUCCCUCCCUCAGUGAAGCCCCCGAGUCCUUUAAAGACACCGUCUUGCCUCAUCACGUUCGGUCUCGGUUCUCAGCUCGACUCUGACCUGAAAAUGGACAGAGCAGGAUCAAACUGAAGCUGAAGGGAAUAUUUUGUCUUCUGAUUUUCAUUCUGAGCUGGAGAGCUAGUAGGUCUGUCCCACGCCAACAUAAGAUCAGAUGGCGUUAAUUAUUUUUUAAUGUUAAUAUUCAUGAAACUGAAACCAAGUGAAAUCCAAGCCAUUAAGUGCGACACUCUGCCUGGUGAGAUCUGUUGUGUCCUUCAGGUCUGACUAAGGUCAAGAUGUCAAGCUGUCUUCAGACCCUGCCGUCCAUCCCAUAAGUCCCUCAGGUGAGAGAAGUUUAUCUCACUGGGCUGUCUGCCUGCCUCUGCCGCCUUCACUUUACCUUUGCUUAAGUUGCACCAGUGGACAACAUGACUUUAUCAUUUCACCACUACAUCAAAGGCUUUUAUUUGUUGGAUAUUAUAUUCCCAUUAGGAACAUCAUAUACAUUCCAGGAUUUGAAUCCCAUUUAAUUUAUCCAAUUUUAGAGGGUUGUGUUUGCAUGACAAAUCCACUCAUAGUGACAGUUUGAAGUGUCAUGGACACACACAGCUAUCAUCCUCUAAGUCCAGUUUUAGACCAAUGAUUGGAAGGACUGAUAGAUCACAUCUGUUUGAUCAUCACAAAUACCCAAUUCAUUCAGACACGCAGAUUGUUUUAUCUGUCUACAUCUUGAUAUAGUUUUGUUUCUGAUGUAUGCCUUCUGCCACAUACAAUAGAGGACAAUGAAUAUCACAAUUAAAAGAAAUUAAGAAGAUAUGAUUUGAGUUAAAGUGGGUGAACAAGGCCCAUUAAACAGAGUAUGCAAGUUGAAUGCUGCCCUGUAUGUAAAAUACAAAUAAAUAUAUUAUAUAUAUAUAUAUAUAUAUAUAUAUACACACACAUUGCUGCCCAAUGGCUGCCAGAGUCCCACAUUUCACUGAUCUUGUUUUGUAUUUUGAGAAGCAUCUUAUGUCCUGUGUUAUUGUCCACACACAAGCCUCCUGUUCAUGAUGCCUUGUGAGCACUUGGCAGACACAGGGCUGAGUUACCUGUUCUCAUGAAGCUAGUUAGUGAGAUCUGGAAUGCGUUAACACUGCUUUAAAUCAGUCCGAUGAUCAAAUAGGUUUUAAAUCUCCAAUCAAUAUUUUUAUAUCAACAAUUGGUCAAAUGACUACUCAUGACCCCACAAAGAGUUAUCACUAUCACUUGCAGUUCCCUUCAGCUCUAUGACAUUUUAAAGCAUCGUCUAAUUCCUUAAUAACAUAACGUGUCUGAUCUGUGUGACGUUCAGAAAGAUUUGGAGUUCUCUUCCCAAGUAGCCAAACAUUUUAAGAAGAGAAAAUGAAGGAUCAGGUCAAAUAAUGACCCAUACUGUCAGUUGUAACUAUAUAUUACACUAUGAACAAACCUCUUGUUUAAGUUUGACUUACUUUAUUUGACGUAGCCGUGCACAGAGCCCCUGUGCAGUUUUGGGAGUGUGAACUUUUAAUUUUACCUCCAAAUAAUCUGUAUCUUGUUUACGGCCCGCCACUAAGUGGCAGCGAUGUGUCCAUGCUCCCAGAUGUGAGUAGCUACAAAGUUGUCAGUUUAACAGAGAGAAAAGACCAAAAAUCAUGAAUAUAACACCCACAUAGUUCUGAACCCACAUUAUCCUGUAAAUUGUGGAUUUAAAACUGCAUUUGAUAUGUGCUGUCUUUAGUUGGCUCUUUCUUUACACUCUAACACUCCAUUGCUAUUUAUUUGAGAAUGUAUUUUAUUGUUCUGUGAACAUUUUUCACUAAUCACCUCACACUCCAGCAGAAUGAUGGAUGUAUCUUAGUUCUCUGUGCUCAGGUCGGCUUAUCAUGUGUUGUAACUCUGUACAUCUCUGUCUUCUCUCCUCAUCUGACUGUCUGUUCGCCAUCUGUGCUCUUAUUUUUACAACUGAGAGGAACUCUCUCUC